CUCAACAGCUCCCACAUUGAAGGGGAAUGUAGUAAGAUAGGGUCAGCUCAGCUACAAUCAGAGCUAAGUCUUAGGAAGAAGCACAUCCUGGAGUCAAAGGAGGGGUGGACAUUCCAGGUCAAAGGAAUGGCUAUGUAAAGGCAGGAGUCAUGGAGACAAGAGAUAUUUGUAAUUACAACCUUAAUUUUACAUAAAGAAUUGAGACAAAUGGCUUUUGUAGACUGAAAAGUAUGCAUACAUCCAACAAAGCUAGUCUACUUCAGACAAAACUUGCGCACAACUGGAAAAAGACCACACGCGGAAUACCUACAACCCCACAAGUUUAGGAAAUGACCCCUUAAGUCCUCUGUUUGGUGUGAGAUCGACUUUUUCUUUGAGCUGUGGAGGCUCCAAAACCACCUCGCAUCAUUUUUACUGCCUCAGCACAUGACAGGCUGUAGGUGGGAACACAGCCCCGUUUGGUGGAAUCUGGGGGGAAGAACGGGGUCUAACCACAGGUCAGGACCUUACUCUUGGCACCCUGAGCAGGGUCAGAGCAGUUGCCCCCGAGAUGACCCAACCUCCCCUGCCAGGCUUACUACAGGAGAGGGGCUGAGUUUGCUCCCCGCUCAUUGGCCAGCAGAAGAGCGCCUGUUACUAGAGGCGACAACGAGAGCCCAUUGGUCGCAACACCUCACAAUGGCCCCCAGCGGGGCGCAGGGCCAUCCGAUUGGUUCGUUGUCAGUCUCAAGAGACGCUGUUGCCUCGAGCCCAGGCUACUUGGCUCCCAACGCGUCUUCCGUUCCCCAUUGGCUGCCCCUGGCAAAAGACGCCACCUACUAAGGAGCAAGGUGCAUAUCCAUCGUGCGCGCGCCCUCUCUGCAGCGGGAACUAGUCCUGCGGGGGGGCGACACAGGCCUGCGCUGCAGGCGCCCAAGGUAGUGCAAGGCCCAGGAGCCUGGCAACGCUCCUGGGACUCGAGGACCAAGGCCUGCGCAAGAGCCCGGGCCUCCCCUCGGAGCUCUGCAUCUCCAACUUGGAAUCCAACCAGGGAGACUGGUAAGUUCGACUCAGCCACGUGGUGUGCGGACCCAUUCUAGGCCCACGGAGAGGGGCGUCCCAACUCCUGAGUCCCUGUUUUGUUAUCCCUUAAUCGUUUAUCCUCCAAAUUGUUGAUCACUUCAUUAAUUUGGCUUUCUGGGUACCCCGCCCUGCCCCGCAGCACCUGUCCAAAUCCUUACUUCUCCCGACGGUGUUGGGAAUCCUGUGCCGUAAAGAAUUCUUGAGUGGUGGAGUCGAGGCUGAAAGCUCAGAAGGACCAUGUUCUAUUAUCCCAACGUGCUGCAGCGCCACACUGGCUGCUUUGCCACCAUCUGGCUAGCAGCGACCCGCGGCAGCCGGUUGGUGAAGCGCCAAUACCUGCAGGUGAACGUGGUGAAGACCUGCGAGGAAAUUCUCAAUUAUGUGCUGGUUCGAGUGAAACCUCCGCUGCCUGGCCAGCCGCGGCCCCGCUUCUCCCUGUAUCUCUCAGCUCAGCUCCAGAUUGGUGUGAUUCGGGUCUACUAUCAACAAUGCCAGUACCUCGUGGAGGACAUUCAGCACAUCCUGGAGCGCCUACAUCGGGCCCAGCUACAGAUCCGCAUUGAUAUGGUGGAAUAUGAGCUACCCAAUCUGCUGCUUCCUAACCACCAAGCCAUAAUGGAGACCCUAGAAGAUGCUCCAGACCCCUUUUUUGGGAUGAUGUCUGUAGAUCCCAGACUUCCCAGUCCUUUUGAUAUCCCUCAGAUUCGACACCUCUUAGAGGCUGUGACCCCUGAGAGAGUUCUUGAGGAGAUCCCUCCCGAAGUCCCUGUGGAGCCCAGGGAGCCAGGUUAUCUCCCAAUCACUGUGCUGUCUCCUGAGGUCAUCACCCUCCAGGAGGCAGAGCCCAUACGCCUUCUGCAGAUUGAGGGUGAACGGGAUCUCCCAGAGGUCAGCCGCCGGGACUUGGACCUUCUGAUUGCGGAGGAAGAUGAAGCUAUCUUGUUAGAGGAAGGCAGGCCUCCUCGGCCGCGUAGGGCCCCCCCAGCACUGGAUGAGUUCAAGGAGGAGCCCCGGGCUCCAGAGGGUGUCAUUGUAGUCCCCUCACUCUCGCCUCCAGCUCCUAUACUGGUGGAAGGGAUAGGAGAGCUACUUCCAAGCCAGGUCCUAGGCCCUGAGGAGCUGAAGCCAACAGGCUGGGAGCCCAAGCCCCUACUGACUGAGGUGACACCACCAGAGGAGCUGCGUCUGCCAGCCCCACCAAGCCCAGAGCGGAGGAAGAGGCCCUCAGCCCCCCCACCUCCUGAGAGCCCACCUGCUCGUCGCCGUCGCCAAUUACUAUUCUGGGACAAGGAAACUCAGAUCUCCAAGGAGAAAUUCCAGGAACAACUGCAAACCAAAGCCCACUGCUGGGAGUGUCCAAUGGUGCAGCCUCCUGAGAGGACAAUCAUGAGCCCUGCAGAGUUAUUCCGAACUCCAACUCAUACUUGUUGGCUACCUCGAGAACUACUGGCUUUGUGGACCCACUGUGCCCAGCCACCUCCCAAGGGGCUGAGGCCAAGGCUGCCCCAGGAGGCUGAAGAGGCUGCCGAAAGGGAGCUAGCAGCUGAAGAGGAGAAAAGAAAGACUGAAAUUCCAAGUGAGAUCGAGGUCCUGAGGGAGGCCCAGGAACCCAGUGGUCCCCUCAUGCUGUCUUCAGAGCUCUCCCUAGAAGCAGCUGAAGAGGAGAAGUCCCGCAUCAGUCUAAUCCCACCAGAAGAACGGUGGGCCUGGGCUGAGGCAGAGCAGCCAGAGCCCCCUGUACUGCCUGCAGUGCCUGAACUCCCUGAGGUGCCCAUGGAGAUGCCUUUAGAGCUACCCCCUCAGCUGGAGCUGCUCUCACUAGAGGCCGUGCACAGGGCAGUGGCCCUGGAGCUGCAGGCCAACAGGGAGCCUGACUUCAGCAGCCUAGUGCCACCUCUCGGACCCCGCAGGAUGGCUGCUCGGGUCUUCUACCUGCUUCUGGUGCUCUCAGCACAGCAGAUCCUCCACGUGGAACAAGAGAAACCAUACGGGCGCCUCCUGAUCCGGCCAGGGCCCAGAUUCUACCAAGAUUAGAGGCCAUUUACAAAGCUGCAGGAAACCGGGUACAUUAUACCAUGUCCUGCCU